UAAGAUUUCCCAUAAACUUCGAAAACCAAAAACCGUCCUCUUACAAAUUUUUGAACUACUGAGCUCUUGAGAGUUCGAUUAGGGUUUACUUUCGUUCCUUUUCUCCAUCUCUUACAAAUUUUUUAGUUCAUUUAUCGAACUGCAGGGCAAAAUGGAAGCUAAUCUUGGUCAGUUCAAGCUAAUUUUGGGAUCUUCCUCGAUUGCUCGUCGGAAAAUAUUAGCAGACAUGGGAUAUGAAUUCACACUCGUGAGUGCUGAUAUCGAUGAGAAGAGCAUUCGCAAGGAGAAACCUGAAGAGCUGGUCAUGGCUUUGGCCGAGGCAAAGGCUGAUGCUAUCGUUUCAAAACUGCGAAUUACACAAGUGCAACAGGAGGCACAACCUACAGUCUUGAUCGCAGCUGAUACAGCUAAAGCAAUCGUGCAGCGGAUCCCUGGUGAUGACAACACAGAGGAGGCUGAAUCAACAUUACUCAUUACUUGUGACCAAGUGGUGGUUUAUGAAGAUGCCGUCAGGGAGAAACCAUCACACGUGGAAGAAGCACGGGAAUACAUCAGAGGCUACUCCAAGGGACAUGCAGCGACUGUGAGUUCCGUGCUUGUAACAAACCUUAAAACAGGAUUCAGAAAAGGAGAUGUGGACAGGGUUGAGAUUUAUUUCCAUGAAAUCCCUGAGGAGGUCAUCGAAAAACUGAUUGAGGAAGGCAUGGUGCUCAAGGUGGCCGGUGCUCUCAUAAUCGAGCAUCCUCUGGUAUUACCAUAUGUCAAGGAAGUGGUCGGAACAACGGACAGUGUGAUGGGUCUCCCGAAAACGCUAACGGAGAAACUCCUCAAGGAAGCUUUGGGAGCCAAAUAGGUUGUUGCUCAACCAGGUGUUUCUCUCGUAUAUUAUCAAACCCGAGUUUCUCAAUUCAAUCUAUGUUCAAGCCGUGAUUGGAUACGUCUAGUUUCGAUCCCGCCCGCCGUUUCCCUCUUUCCUUUGUUGGCAAAAAAAAAAAAAUCCGAGUCGAAGCGGUUCGAGUUCCAGUUGUAUCAUCAGAUAUAUGACAUUUCUCUUUUGGACAUGACACAAAGAAUUCGUCUGGUUCUGUGGAGAGUUUACAUAAUGUCGCAAUCUUGGCAAGUUGUAUAAAUUAAAAAUAGAUCUUUUAAAAAAAAUUGGUUUCUCGAGGUUUUUUAAUA